AUGGUCAUCAAUAUACAUAUCCACGAGAACUAUUUUCCUAUCCCUGGUUCUGCGAUACCACCAGCUUCAGAAGAGUCACUACAACCAUUGAUAAUAGACGAAGAUCCACGAAGAUACGCAAAUUUGCGGAAAGAACGGAAACGAGAAGAAGUCCGUUUCAGCGGGGCGGCCGACAGAAUAAGUACCGAGGAUGCUGCCCUUUAUGAAUCAACCUUACUCCGAGGAAGAGCACGUCCGAGGCAGCACAAAAAAUCGAAACAAUGGUCAAGCUGCCAUAGCAGACAGUCGUCGAGCGAUGAAGCGUACUUAGACGAGUAG